CGGCCUUUUGGCUUUGCCGCAUACGCGCGUCAUUACGGUAACUACGCGGCUCUUCUCUGAGUCAAACAUGGCGCUGUCCUGCUCGAGUCUGUGUGCCCAUUUGUCUUUGAUACGACUGUGUGGUCUCAGGACAAACAGGAUACCGAAUGGCCUUUAUUCUCCGUAUGUGUCCUGUCAGUCCAGCAGGUUGCCCCUGUGUAGACACUACUCCUCGUCCAAAGUCAGACGAGGUAUCCGCCGGUACGUCGCCACCAGACUCCAGCGAGCAAACAGCAAAUACGAGGGUUUCCUCAAAAGGCGAUUUCCCCGCUUCUUCCAGCUUUACCACACAUUUGUGGAAGGAUUCAAGAUGCUGUUCAGAGAUGCCAAAGAGGUGAGGAGGAUAAAAGCAAAGAUGUUCUCUGAUGGCGUACAGUUCCAGGAUUUGCCCUACAGGGAGAUGGAGAAACUCAGACAGUUUCGCAGAGACAUGAUCAAGGCCAUUCCGCUGGUGGUGAUAUCCAUCCCUCCCUUCGCCAACUACCUGGUUUUUGUCUUGAUGUACUUUUUCCCUCGCCAGCUCCUGAUCCCUCAUUUCUGGACUCCCAGGCAGCAGGUAGAGUUUCGGGGGAUGUACCAUUCCCUCAGGGCCCGUCACCACUGGCCUGUGCUCAAAGGGCUCGAGAAUACGAGCCGCAAGGUCAAAAACAGUCAGCUGCAGGGUCGCCUUAAGGACCUGUGCGUUAAAGUGCAAAAUGGAGGAAACCCUAAAGUGUCUGAAAUCCUUGCCGUGCAGGGCCUGUUCUCUAGACCCCCCCUGAGCAUGAAGAGGAUGAGCGUGAGUCAGAUGAGACACAUCAGCCCGCUGCUCUUCCUGACGCCUCGCCUCCCGGGUUUCCUGAUCGGCCGGCGGCUGAACAGCCAUGCCCUGGAGCUGCUCCAGCUGGACCGGGCCCUCAGCAGGCUGGGCCCUCACCAGCUGAGUGACUCCGAAAUCAGACAGGCUUGCUAUGUAAGGGGGCUCCAUUCUGAUAGUCUUGGCAUUAACCAGUGCCGUGAGUGGUUAAACCAGUGGCUUCAGGUGUCAUCCUCGUUGAAAGAAUCAGAGGUGUCACUACUUUUGCACAGCAUUGUACUUCUCUCUGCCAACUACCCGACUGCGCUCAGCCGACACUGACAGGAAGCCUGAAGGAAUGUGCUUUGGUGAUUAUGUUCUCUUUCGUGCACUGGGAAGCACAACUUCCUCAGAGCUGUCAACGUCUCAUUUUUGCCAAGGAGAAAACAUUUUAAAGCUGUUCUUGGCAAAAAAAAAAACUAUCUUAGCCCAAAACUGAAAGCAUGUUUGCAGUGAAGAAAAAGAUCCCAUUACUCUAGGCGCCUUAAAACUGUCCUAUUUGCUGAUUUAAGUUCCAGUGUGAACAUGGACGAAUACCGUCAACAACACUCUAUUUGGCAAAACUGGGCGAAUCCAUUGCGUCUAUCAGGGGAGCGUUGUGGGAUUCCACUUUCAAAAUUAGCAUGAGACAGGUAUAUCUUCACUUAAAAUCUUGCUUAGAGGAGUUAUCAUGUACUUCAGAACCUCAUGAGGCACCUAAUGUAUUGUUAUGCACUGAAUUAUAUUAAGUGAUGAUGUUCAGGUAACGUCAUGAUUACUUGUUUCUGUAUCUCCAGCUCGUUACCACUGUAAAACACAGGCUUGUCAAUUGUUUACGUCUAAGCUAAUGACUCAUUACACAGCCACAAAGACAAGCAGUGAAACAGAGAGCAUAUUGUUUAGUUAAGUUUUGGCAGUGCUUUGUAUGCUGUUAAUAUUUCUGCUUGUGAAAUGGUAAAAUAGUUCAGACACAUUCCACUCAGACAUCGAGACAAGACUGCUUUUCUGUGGGCGUGUUUAAGAUUUUGACAUGUUCACAUCAAACGUGUACUGUAUUGUCGUAUACAUUUCCUCACUGUGUGGUCUGAUCUUAUUUCUUUACAAUGAGUAUUGCUGGUCAUGAUAAAACCGUAGAUAACCUGUAAAAGAGGAAUUUUGUAGCAACAGUGUUGAAGAAAGGAUGCAUGGUCAAAUAUGGAAUGACUGUUCAGGAUGAAAAAUCUUUAGAUUACACAAAGACACCUUCUAAAAGGAAAAAAUAUGUUGCUGGAUCCUAAAUAGAAAAAAAAAAGCCCAAUUAUUACUUGCAAAGACAUUCAGGCUUGCUUGUGUGAUAAGAAGCUCAGCUUUAUAUUGUAGAUUCAUAUCCUCGGAAACCUUUUCGGGGUGCAGCACAGCCUUUCAAGCUCUCUGAAAAGGGUCGUGAUGGCACUUUACUUUAUUGUUUACUUGACGUUUUCUUGCUUUUGAGGCUUAAAAUUACAUUAACGUGUUCUGAUCAGACCAUACGUCUGCACAGAGUUUCAUUCAAGCUUUUAGCCAACUUUGGGGAAACAGGAACAGCACAUCCCCUGUGUUGGUGUUUGGUGUCGUAAAGUGUAAAAUGGGAAAUGUCAUGUGCUUCCUGUGCCUUUUGCAAGGACUGGCGCAAUAUAUCUGAAAUAUGAUUAGCAAACAUUAUGUUCUGUUUGAUUUAUUUUAAUAUGCGAUAUCAUUUGCUCAAAAGGUUGUGAAUGUUGUGUUGCUGUGCCAAUAUUAAAUACACAGUAAUGGAGCUGUGUGUGAAAUAAAUACUUCUAUGGUGCA